UUAAUUUUUCUUUCAUUAUAUUUGUAUAUAUAACGUUCCAUCGAUGUGUGAGAAAUGCUGUUGGACAGUUGGGAGAAAGUUUUCAUGAAGCAGGCUUCAUGCGAUGCUCGUGUCAAAAAAAUGGUUUAUUUGCUUCGCUUCUUUUUUGAUACAACUUACUGUGUUCGGAAUUCACAACAACUUUGGAUUAAUCUUUCAUAACUUAUUAAAAGCCUUUAAACAAGAACCAGCAGAAACAGCAUGGAUUGGCUCGCUCGCCAUGGGUAUAACAUUCUUUGUAAGUCCAUUCUCAAGCCUUAUCACGACAAGAAUCGGGUUUAGAUCUCUCAUCAUCACCUCCACAGUUAUAUGCGUUUUUGCUUUAUUAUUAUCGUCAUUUGCUUCAAGUAUUCAUUGGCUACCGUUAUCAUACAGCCUCUUUUGGGGAGCAGGUGCUGGAUUUGCUAACCACGCAUCGUUAGUGUUAUUGCAACAAAACUUUUAUGACAAAUUAUCAUUAGCAAAUGGAAUUGCAACUAGCGGGACAGGUGUUGGUACACUAAUUUUAGGUCCUCUGUUAAAUUAUUUGUUAACAAAACAUAGCUUUAGAUGGGCAUUUCGAGCAUGCGCAGUACUUCCAUUGUUAUUUCUUUUCUCGCUUCCAUUUAUAAAGAAAAAUGAAGAAGAAGUCAGCAAUUUCUUUUUUCAAACAUCAGAAGAUUUACUACAGAAUAAUAACAACAAUUCUCAUGAAAAUCAAGAUGGUACCAACAGAAACAGUAAUGGCGGUGUUAGCUGCCACAAUCAAAUUAUUACUAGUGAUCAUGAAAACACAAUGCUGUAUAAUGGUUCUGAUCAAAAUUCAAAGAAAGGAUUAUCUUUCCUUCGUAUAAAAAAAUCUGCCUGUAAAGAAAUAUUUAACAAAGAGAUUUGGACAAACCGAGCCUACGUAAUCUUUGUAAUUGGAAUCUCAACUUUUCUAUUUGGAUAUUUCAUUCCUUUUGUUUUUCUGAUUGAGCAUGCUACCUUAAAUGGAGUACCUACUAAUCAAGCACAAUUUCUUGUUGGUAUAUUAGCCAUAACUGCAACGAUCAUGAAAGUAAUGUCUGGUUUGAUAUUGGACUUACAACAUCUCUUGGGAAGAAAAACACUCUUUCUUAUAUCUAUGUAUUGCAUGGCAUUUUCCCACUUAAUCGUUGCUUUUGCGACAGAAUACUGGAUGUUCUGUUUAUACGCUGUUGUGUUUGGAAUAUGCGAAGGUUGUUUUGUUGGCCAACUCGCUGCAGUUAUCGUUGAUGUGAUACAUUGCAGAACACAAGUUAGCAUAGCGUUAGGAAAUUUAUUUGCCAUAAUGUCUGUACCAAUAAUGGCAGGUCCAGUAGUUGCAGGCAAGCUAUCUGGUUUACUGCAUGGUUAUAAAAUAGCCUUUCUUAUAUCCGCUUCAGUAUGUUUUGUUGGAGCUCUUAUAACUACACUAAUAAAGCUAUACGAAGAAGUUCCAACACCAUCGUUGGGCGUUCAAAUAAAUUCUUGUACGGCAAGAAUACAAACAGAGAACAAUAUGAUGAACAAUGGUUGUACUGGAGAAAGCUUGGUGGCUAACAACAUCGUCACUUUUACAGCUUUUACGAGAAGUUUAUCAUAUCGCGAACAACCUAGAUAUUUGUAGCAGUCUUUUCUUAGUGUGUUUAUACACGUAUUUGAAAAUUCGUAGAAAA